AUGGCAAUUCCACUUUCAGGGAUUGGUUUCCGACUACUCAAGUUAUUUCACGUAUGGCUUGUGGUCAUGACAUUGCUGAAUGUUGGAACGCUCUCAACAGCCACUACCACUAGUUCCUUUGUUGGGAGCAAGACUGAUCGCCUCGCAUUGCUAGCCUUCAAGUCAAAGAUUACACAUGACCCUCAAGGGGUUGUGAGCUCAUGGAACAAUUCUCACCAUUUCUGUGAGUGGCAAGGUGUUACAUGUGGUCACCGACACAGAAGAGUUACCGUUAUAAACCUGUCGUCAAGAGGUAUAGUCGGUUCCUUGUCUCCUUCCAUAGGGAACCUUAGUUUCCUUCAUGAGUUCAACCUCAAUAAUAACACUUUUCAAGGUGAAAUCCCAACUGAACUCGGUAACCUCGCCAGGCUGCAAAAACUAAACUUGACUCGUAAUAGUUUCGAAGGAGAAAUUCCAACCAACUUAUUGCGCUGCAUCGACCUCACAGAACUUAGUGUUGGACAAUCUUCACUUGUAGGUAACAAUAAGCUAGUCGGAAAAUUUCCUAAAGAGCUUACUUCCUUGUCGAAGCUCACGUAUCUUGUCAUUCAAGCGAACAAUUUGACGGGAGGCAUUUCUUCAUUCAUUGGGAAUCUUACUUCUCUAGAAGUCAUUUCUGCUGCUAAAAAUCCUUUUGGCGGAAGCAUUCCAGAUACGUUGGGUCAAUUGAAAAAUCUAAGACAACUUGGAUUGGGUGGCAAUCAACUUUCCGGUAUGAUACCCUCUUCUAUUUACAACCUCUCUUUCAUAACUGUUUUUUCUGUGGCUAGUAAUCAACUUCGUGGUAGUCUUCCAUCAAGUUUUGGUUUCAAGUUCCAUCAUCUGCAACUCCUUCAAUUACAAAUGAACCAAUUUACCGGACCCCUUCCACUUUCAAUAUCCAAUUUUUCAGAACUGGAACAGAUUCAAGUAGAAUAUAACAGCUUCAACGGAAAAAUAACAAACAAUUUUGGAAACCUAAAGAAGCUCAAAAAGAUAGGUCUGUUUCGUAACAAUUUCGGAAGUGGGGAACCUGAUGAACUAGCUUUUCUUGGUUCUUUGGCCAACUGCAGCAAUUUGAUGUUGUUGGGUAUGGAGGUAAACCGAUUUAGAGGGGUAUUACCAGCUUCUGUUGGCAACUUGUCAAGCCAUCUCUUUUCCUUUAUAUUUGGAAGAAAUCAAAUAUAUGGAACUAUUCCUUCAACAAUAGGUAACCUUGUCAACUUAACUGUGUUAAGUAUGGGAAAUAACCAACUCACAGGCACAAUUGCAACUAACAUUGGUAAUCUUCAGAAGUUGCAAAGGUUGUCUUUCGCAAUAAAUCACCUCUCGGGUAAAAUUCCAGAUUCUAUGGGGAACCUAUCGUUGCUGAAUGAACUUUACAUGGCAAAUAACAGACUAGAGGGGACUAUACCCUCGAGUCUUGGUAACUGCCAAAAUUUGUUGUCAUUGCGCCUUGAUCAAAAUAACCUGAGUGGUACCAUUCCCAGAGAACUAUUGAGAGUCUCGUCUUUAUCAAUUUCAUUAAAUCUAGCUCGGAACCAUUUGUUUGGUUCCUUGUCAACAGAGGUUGGAAAUCUCAAAAAUUUAGGGGAACUAGAUAUCUCCGAGGAUAGGUUAUCCGGUGAAAUUCCUAGCAGUCUUGGCAGCUGCAGCAGCCUUGAAAGCCUGUAUUUGCAGGAAAAUUCCUUUCAGGGAUCUAUUCCUCUACAAUUGGAAUCUUUGAGGGGUAUUCAAAACAUUGAUCUUUCUCAAAACAACUUGUCUGGAAAAAUUCCAACGUUCUUGGAGAAAUUUUCACUAAUGAAUCUCAAUUUGUCCUUCAAUGAUUUUGAGGGUGAUUUACCAAUGAGGGGAGUUUUCACAAAUGCGAGUGCAAUAUCGAUUGCUGGAAAUUAUAGGCUUUGUGGCGGUAUUCUUGAACUACACCUACCCCGCUGCACCCCCAAAAAAUCAAAGCCUAAGAUGCCUCUUUCACAUAUAAUAGCAAUCACAACAGCUUCUGUACUUGUUGGAGUAACCAUGGUAUCAUUUUCCAUAAUUUGUUGGUUCAAAAAGAGAAGAAAAACUCAGUCUACAGUUUCAUCGUCGAAAGAAUCAUUCUGGAAAGUCUCUUACGGAAAUCUUCUCAAAGCAACAGAUGGUUUCUCUAAAGCGAAUCUGAUUGGUUUUGGUAGUUCUGGCUCUGUAUAUAAAGGACUUCUUGAUCACGAUGGGGAGUUAGUUGUUGCUAUCAAAGUACUUAACCUUCAAAAUCGUGGAGCUACAAAGAGUUUCCUAGCAGAGUGCGAAACCUUAAGAAAUAUUCGGCACCGAAACUUAGUCAAGAUCAUAACUUCUUGUUCUAGUGUUGAUUUUCAAGGAAAUGAGUUUAAAGCUCUGGUUUACGAGUUCAUGCCUAAUGGGAAUCUAGAGAGGUGGUUGCAUUCAAGUCCAGAAAUUAAUAACGAGCAAAAUGAGCUCCAAAGACUCAAUCUUUUGCAAAGAAUAAACAUUGCCAUUGAUGUGGCUUAUGCACUUGAUUAUCUUCAUCACCAUUGUCAAACACCGAUCAUUCAUUGUGAUUUGAAGCCGAGCAAUAUCCUUCUUGACAAUGACAUGGUUGCUCAUAUUGGAGAUUUCGGUCUAGCAAAAUUUUGCUCAGAGUUCAUUAUUCCAAAUCAAAGUAGUUCAAUCGGAGUAAGGGGAACCAUUGGAUAUGCAGCCCCAGAGUAUGGUCUCGGAAGUGAGAUGUCAACUUACGGAGAUGUCUAUAGUUAUGGGAUCUUGUUACUGGAGAUGAUAACAGGAAAGAGACCGACUGACAGCAUGUUUGAAGAAGGCCUCAACAUUCAUAGCUUUGCUAAGAUGGCCUUACCUCAGCGCAUGAUGGAGAUUGUAGACCCAGUGUUCCUAAAUAAUGAAAAAGAAGAGGAAAGAGCAAUAGAAAUGGCUGCUGCUACUGCUACCAAUAAAACUUGGGAACCGAUUCAAGUGAACAAUGGUGAUAAAAUGGUGGAAUGUCUGAUUUCCAUGGUCAAGAUUGGAGUGGCGUGCUCUAUAGAUUCACCACAGGAUCGAAUGAGCUCAAGUAGUAUCCUCCAUGAGCUUCAUCUGGUCAAGCACAAGCUUCUACAAAAACGAAUUUCUGACUAGGUAACUAAUUACAGUACAAUGAAGCUUGAUGCUUGUCAAAGCAGAAGGGAAGAGGAUUAUGCUUGUACUUAUAUUCAAACUAGGAACCUAUUAUGUUGCAAAUUCUAUAAAUAAUUUGAUCACCAAAUUAUUUUCCAUUUAGUCCAUAUGAGAAUGAUAUCUAAUAUCCUACUGUGAUACGAGUUGUUUGAUCGUUAACGCCUGAUGGUUGUGUAGCACCACUUUGUAAUAUGAGGUUGUGAGUUCAACUCCUAUGGCAAGGAAUUUGAUAUCUUUGUAGUUUUUAUUUCUCCCCUAUUAUCGGGGUUAAUAUAUAGUUGCUUGUCUC